ACCUUUCUCAUCAAUUUUUUCUUAACAAUAAACUAUAUUUUAAAUUGUGAUUAAAAUCGAAAUAUUUUUUUUUUAUGGAAAAGAAUCAAAUCAGUUAACGAAUACGAUAAAUAGAAUUAAAAAUUGCAUUCUAACCUCAAAAUAUAUUGGAUAUCGCAAUUUCAUUUUUCCUCUUUUCCAAAUUAAAAAUAGAAAAAAAUUAAUUAUAAAAGAAAAGUUUUGAUUGCACAAAAUUGGGAAAUAUUUUUUUUCAAAAGAUUGGGGAAAAAAAGUAAAAAAAAAAAGUAGAACGUGAAAAAACUACGUGAGUCAAAUAUUGUUAAAAAACAUGCGUGAUGUAGUGAAGUAAAGUUGCUCCAUCCAUUAUGCGUUGUAUUAAUAAAUUUUCCCAAAUUAUAGUUUAUUUCAGAUAUAGAAUCAAGAGUGGAGAAUAAAUUUUCUUAUUUGGGUAUCGUUAGUGUCAACAUUUAAAUAAGAUAUAAAGUUGAAACGUCAUUUUUCUUUUUUUAUUGUGUGAGUGAUUAUGACGCAAAACCUGAACAGUUAAGGGUUUUCUGCGUCAGUGAAUAAUGACCCAGCUGAUUCGUUUGACAGGUUUGACAGUUAAAAAUUGCGUAAUUUAAGGGAAAAAAAAGGAGUCGUUUUAUUUUAUUACGACUAUAAUUUUAUUCUUAUUUUGAUUUAAAAUAUGAAAGCCAUGUGGAAUCUCGACGAUCUAUUUGUUGUCAAUCAAUAUUUGGGUGUGGAGAGUUUAACAAAUCUUUGCUAUAAGGUGAUAUGCGAAAAUUUGGAUAUCAUUUCAACAAAGGGAAAACGCGGUCAUCGUACACUUAAAAAGGGAUUAAUAUUGCCGAGUGAAAUUUGCGAUAAAAUUAUUUUACAUUCACAACAGAGCGAGGCAAUUGAGGAGAAUGAUUAUUUUUUCUCAAUAUUUAAAAAUGUUCUCGUCACAAAAUUAAAACGUGUUAAAAUAAGUAAUUGCAGUCUCACCGAUUCUUCUGUUUUGACAAUUGUCGCUCAUAAGAUCACCGAAUUGGAGUUUAAUAAUUGCUCCAAUAUUACUGAAUUGUCCAUUGAAUAUUUAAAUGAGAAUUCGGAAAAUUUACAGAGUCUCGUUUUUCAUGGAUGUAUCAGUAAAUUUCGCACCGAAAAUGGAAAACUGGAUGAGAAAUAUUACAAGAGGGGUUAUGUGUUUAAUGCUCCGAACUUGAAACGUUUAACUUUGGGAAAUAUUUCGAUUCCAUAUUCGGAGUAUACAAUUAUUUUGCUAACACUUCCAAAUUUAAGUCACUUGGAUUUAUCCGAGAAUGAGAAUAUCAAAAGUUUUUAUUUCUGCAAUCUCGUGGAGAAUUUGGUGUCUCUUGUGCUUUACAAUGUUAAUUUAACCAAUGAUGCACCUGCCUUCGUGAAAAAUGUGACCCAUUUGAAAAAAUUGAGGUAUUUGGAUAUUUCUCAGUCGAAUCCAAUGAACGGUGAAUUCGAGAUGCCGGAUACAAUUCUUGGCGAAAUUGUUAUUGGAUUGCCGGAAUUGAUUUCAUUGGAUAUUGGUGGUACAAAUCUCGCGGGUCGAGGUGUCAUUCAACGAUCGCUUGAUAAGAAGAAUUAUUUCUUCGAUCAACUCAGUGAUAUUCCGGGACUUGCGUCAAGAGUGAAAAAUCCAUUACAAUUUCUCGGCUUGUAUGGAACGUCUCAUCAAGCUUGCACGAGGCAUGAUAUUCCUGCUUUAGUGAUUGCCGGAGACGCGAAUGAAGAUCAAAUUUUAGCGGCAGCUUUAGUUUGCAUGAAUAACAAGGAGGAAUUAUUGCAGAAAAUUCUUAACGAUUUAUAUCAAGUGUUCAGAUUUGAAAAUUGCAAGCGUAUGGAUCAAGCGCUCUGUAUAGUAUUAGAAGCAAUGGAAAAGCAUCCUUCCGAGAAGCACAUUCAAAUAUCCGGAAGCGCUACUUUGUUUUAUAUUAUUCGCUCGAGGGAAAAUCCUGUUAAUGCCAGUAUGAAAAAAAGAAUAAUUGGCGUUUUACUCGCCGGCAUGAGCGCUCAUAAAGAUGAAGAGACAAUGAUGCGAAAUGGCUGUUUGGCUCUUUGCCAAUUUCGCAUACCUCAAGAUGUGAUGUGGGGUUACGAGUCCUUAGUGAGAUUGCUGUUGCAUUCGGCGAAGAAUUCGGAGCCAGAAAGUUUUGUGCAACGAAUUGGAAUAUAUUUAUUAAAUUCUUUGGCAUGUCAAGUGGAAGGAAAAGAAAAGCGGCUACUUGGAAAAUUGGGCUGUGUCGAAACAAUGUUACAUUUGGUUAAAUAUAGAGUAAAAUCAAAAAUAUUCGACGAUGUCCUGGAAGUUGCCUGGUCAACAAUGUGGAACAUGACCGAUGAAACUGAUAUAAAUUGUCAAAGAUUUUUAAACACACAGGGAAUGGAUUUAUUCCUGGAAUGUGCAAAACAAUAUCCAAGUAGGGAAGAACUAUUGAGAAAUAUGAUGGGAUUAUUAGGAAAUGUAGCCGAAGUAGAAAGUCUUCGUUCUCAAUUAAUGCAGGAAAAAUAUGUUGUUGUAUUUUCUCGUUUGCUACGCUCAAAAAGCGAUGGAAUUGAAGUGUCAUACAAUGCAGCUGGUAUUUUGGCUCACAUGGUGUCUGAUGGCGUUGACGCCUGGACAAUUGAAAAUCCAACGAGAACCGAAAUUCUCGGUCUUAUGGUAAAAGCGAUAAAUCGCUGGAAUUUAGAUUCCGAGCGUAAUAUAAAUUAUAGAUCAUUUUUACCGCUCCUUCGACUAUUGGAUGUUUAUCAUACUCCUCAAUGUCAACAUUGGGCAGUUUGGGCUUUAGCAAAUCUCACGAGAGUUUAUCCUCACAAAUAUUGCGAUCUAGUCAUUUCGGAAGGCGGAAUAGAGAAAUUAAAGAAUUUAUUAGAAUCUGAUUUGCCAUACGACUUGAUAAAGCGACUUGCUCGUGAAGUUAUUGUCAGCUGUGGUAUGUAAAAACAAUGAGACAGAGAGAAAAAAAUUGAUGAAUAAUAUUUCGAGAGAACUCUAAAAUUGCACGAAAAAAUAUUUAUAUACUCAAGUAUAAAUAUUUAGUAAAAAAAAAUAGAGUCUUACUGGCAUAUGCUCCAAUAUUUCCGUACUCUCGAAGAAGAAUUAUUUUUAUUUUUUUCCUGGGGAAGAUAAAAAGUAUAUAAAUAUUUUUUUUACCCCACUGUUUUUCUCAUAAUGCUGAAAAUUAUCGUAAUGUUUGAUUUCUUUUUAUAAUCAUGAUACCCAAAUCGAUUUGUGUGUCCUUUGAUUCCUGUAAAUAGUUUUUCGAUCGGAAAGAGGUUGAACCUUGAGAGAACUGUUUCCGAAUAAAAAAAAAAAAUUGUGUAUUUGUCAAUUUGUGAUAUUGUCCCUGAAAAAUACACUCGUGAGUUUUAAUGAUUAAUAUAGUAUUCUCUGAAAGAGAAAAAUUUUAAAUUAAGCAAAUAGAAAAAGAAGGUGCGACCUCUUGAUAAUUUUUUUUUUUUUUUUUUUGCAUUUCGUAUAAAAAAUCUUGUAAAAUGGUCUUUUAGGGCAAACUUUAUUUUCAUCAUAUUAGUAAUAAAUAUUUUUUAGAUUUAAUAUAAA